UCCCUUUGUCAGGCAUGGAAUGUUCCUGACUACAUUCGGACACACUGAAUUAUCUCAGUUUAAAACGUUCUUCACACAAUCAACACUACAUACAUGUUUAACAACAGUCGCUACAACGUACAACUUCAAACUUUAUAUGUAAUAGCGUCCGCUUUUUAGCAUCACGUGCUUUUCCGCUUCAACCCUCUUUUCUCUUUUUCGUUUUUUUUUUUUUUUCUCUCCUACCCCUACCAUUCUAGCAAUUUCUCUGAUUAUCUCCCCCUCCUCGCUAUCUCUCUUUCUGUCCCUCCCUUCUUACAGUUCUCUUUCUCGCUUUUUUUAUUCUGUCUUUCUCUCAUUCACUGGUUGUUUUCCUAUUUUCUUCUGACUCUCACACACUUCCUCUCACUCCUAUCCACAGACAUCGCUUCCUGUGCGUUGGCGCGCGCCGCGCGUGGCGGCCAUGUUUGCCGGUCUGUGCCCUCCGCCGCUCGGCCCGCCCCCUGCCUCAAUGGGGCAAAUUGAUGACCAAUUACAGACGCCGAUCGAGCCGGCGGUUAGCUCAUUUCAAUAAUUUUCUGCUGCCGCCGUGAAUGGCGGAGGAGAGAGGUCUGGGGGGAACUAACACAGGCAAUGGAGGAGGAAGCAAGGGUGAAGUUGGGGAGAGCAAACAUCAGGAAGCCUCGGCUCUCGGGUGGAGUUUACUAGAGGUGUUGGAUUUUCACUUCGAGAAACUGGAGACGGACAGUCGGGUGGUCUCGGUUAUCCUGUACCCCUCUCCCCUUUGACCCCCUUCUCCACCCCGCGUAGCUUUUAAGUGUGGGCAUGCGAGCUUUCUCUUUUCCUUUUUUUCAAUCCACCCCAGACCGUGUAGCUGCGUCUUCCCUCUCUCUUGCACUUUAAGAAGAGAGACAGUGUACCUCGAUGGACAGAAGGAUCAAAGAUUUGACGGAAUGGAAAAGCGGAACCGAGAAGAAGCAAUUAUAAAAAAGGACCGUGUCGUGACCUUAAACUAACUGAAAGCGAGGCUGCAGACGGUAAACAUGUAACUGAUACACCGGUCGUCUGCUUGCCGUCAGCGCACAGGAGUGAACAAAAUGAGUGGAUUUACAGUUACUGGCAGAUUAAAUUAAAAGAGUGCAAAAGAGACUCUGUUACCACACCGAGACUUCUGCUCGCUAACUGGCGAUGAUUAUAAAGGUUGACAUGAAAAAAAAAAUACUCCUGUCUCCAGGUGAACUUGAAGACUCUAACUUCAACAGAGAUAGUCAACUGUUUUAUUUUCAUUUAAAUUUGAACACAUUGAAAUGUUUAUGAGAUAUGGUUUUUACAGACGAUGCAGCAACUUUUGUCACGAGAGAGCUUUUUGAAGAAGAAUCUGCCAUCUAGGUGUGUAGGCCAAACUUUCUUCUCGUCCUGAGAGAGGAAAGACAGAAAAAUUAGCGGCGAAGUUGAAGACUUCAAAAUGAUUGACAGUGAAAACGAUAAACACGAUUCUAGGGCAGAGGUCAGUAGGUCAGUGGCUGGCGAGAACAGUCACGUGAGAAACACGCGGCCAGAAAAGGACGUUGCAGAUGACUGCGAGGACGACGACCUCCGCAGAGACAACGAUUCCCUGUCGUCGUCCGACGAGGGCUCGAUGUACCACCACGAGGAGGAAGGGCCACUAGACUUGAGGGGAGGAGAAGCUGCCUGCAGGCCGAGGCCACCCGCCGACCUGACUCCUCCACCCGCCAGCGACGACCUCAGUGUCACCUCACGUCUCUCAGGUCCACGUCAUCCUCACUGCACGCCACUCCGGCGACCUCAUCGUCGCUAUGACGACGGCGAAGAGGAGGACGACUUCCGGUGCGAGGCUGGCGAGGACCUGCAGAGCAAGCAGGUGACGUCCUUCAUGGUGGACGACAUUCUGGACCCCAACAAGUUCCAUGGCCGGGCAGUCGUGUGCAGCCGUCGCCGCGGAGCUGACGUGGGUUUCUUCCAGGGGAGGACGGAGGCGAGGGCGCACUCCAGUGAAAUGUCAGACGAGGAGGAGGAGCUUGGCAACAUUUCUGACGACUACAACAGUCCAGAUGAUGACGUGGACGUGCUGUCUCCCUUAGACAUGCAGGCUACCGAGACAAAGAGGCGGCGGACUGAUUCGAACCCUAACAAAGCAAUAUUUGACAAUGGCGACCCCCACAACAGCGAGACGAAGGGCCCAGGGGGCGGAGGGGAAGGCAGGAGCAGUUCCAGGGGAGCAGGGAAGCCGAGGCGGGCAAGGACGGCCUUCACCUACGAGCAGCUGGUGGCCCUGGAGAACAAGUUCAGACCACCAGGACCUUCCGUGUUGCGAGAGACUCAACCUGGCCGCUGUCCGUUGGAGCCUGACCGAGACCCAGGUGAAUAUCUGGGUUCCAAACCGAGCCGCACCAAGUGUGAAGCGACAAGCCAGAACCCGGGGCUGGACGUCAACAGCCCCACAGUACCCGCCUCCCCACCCUUGUCGCUUGCUCAGGGAUUUCCGGGUGGGUUCUCCCCUCAUGGUAUCUACGCACCCGGAGUUGCCACAGCUGGGAUGUCACCUUUCCCCUCAGCAUCUCUGACAAACAGUUUUUACCUGCCCCACCCCUCGUACGGGGCACACCCUUCUCUUGCAAACUGGUGA